GAGAGUUGUUCAUAAAGGCACAUGACAUCAGCGGUAAUACGUAGUCACAGCUAAAAAACUACGAUGGUUCUCAUCAAGGAAUACCGUGUGGUCUUACCCUGUACAGUGGAUGAGUAUCAAGUGGGUCAGUUGUACUCCGUAGCAGAGGCCAGUAAGAAUGAGACAGGCGGAGGAGAGGGCAUCGAGGUCCUUAAGAAUGAACCCUAUGAGAAGGAGGGGGAGAAAGGACAGUACACACACAAAAUCUACCAUCUGAAGAGUAAAGUCCCAGCGUUUGUCAAGAUGAUAGCUCCUGAGGGCUCCCUGGUCUUCCAUGAAAAGGCCUGGAAUGCUUACCCUUACUGCCGAACCAUUGUAACAAAUGAGUAUAUGAAAGACGACUUCAUCAUUAAGAUUGAGACAUGGCACAAACCUGACCUAGGCACAGUAGAAAACGUGCACAAGCUGGACGUGCCCACAUGGAAGAGUGUGGAGGUGGUUCCCAUUGACAUCGCAGAUGGGGAACAAGUGGCCCCUGCUGACUACAAGGCAGAUGAGGACCCUGCUCUGUUCAAGUCAGCUAAGACUGGUAGAGGACCCCUGGGACCCAACUGGAAGAAGGAGCUGGUUAGUAAGGCUGACUGCCCGAGGAUGUGUGCCUACAAACUGGUCACUGUCAAGUUCAAGUGGUGGGGCCUGCAGAACAAGGUGGAGAGCUUUAUUCACAAGCAAGAGAAGCGCAUCUUCACUAACUUCCAUCGCCAGCUGUUCUGUUGGAUUGACAAGUGGGUGGAGCUGACUAUGGAGGACAUAAGGCGGAUGGAGGCGGAGACCCAGAAGGAGCUGGAGGAGAUGCGUAGGAAGGGCUCUGUUCGAGGCACGAAGGCUUCAGACGAGUAGCUGCUCCAGGUGUAGGUCUGAGGAAGGCUGUCUUCGUAAACAAGGUCAAGUACGGGGAACCAGUGCUGCCGAUGCCGAAUGAGAUGGAGGGUUUUAAACAGAGAUGAAGAGUGAAGAUGAUGAAGAAUUUCGACGUGUGCUCCCUGCGUGCCACCUUUUUACCUUACUGAUUCAGGAUGAGGAGGACGAGGGCUCUGCUCCAAUCGCUCAAUAGACCAGCACCCUGACCUACCUGCAUCCAAUUAUAGACAUUCUAUCCACAGAAUAAUUGAUUUGUAGAAAGUGACACGAUCAUAGCUUUUAAUUUUGAUCUCCUAAAGACAUCAAGAAGCAAUGACCUCAGUAAAGCCAGCUACCACCACCAUGUUGUUGAUAGACUAGUCCCUCUAUCUUCUCUUGAUAGACGCUUAGAGGGCUGCUUGGUUGUUGAGAGAUUAAUAUUUUCAAAUCAUUUAAUUGGCAUGAUUCCCUUAUGGCAGGUGUUGGACCUGUAUUUUGUUAUUCCAGUCGAGUAGGAUCGUUCCUCUGUGGUCUGUUGCCUUGCCCAUGUUUUUGUUUUCCUUUGUAUUCAUUGAUAUUUUCCCCAGAUCAUUCCUUUCAUGUCCUCUUCUAGCUGUUCAUAACUCUAUGGUUUUGCAUUAGCUGGCGAAAGAGAUCCUGUCAGUGUGUUCUCCAAAAACGUCUCCCUUCCUGCCAUGGCGUUCAUUAAGAGAUUACUGACACCCUUGGCACCUGUGCCCAUCCUAAUGUUUCCCCCUCCCUCUGCAUCUUAUUAACACUCUGAUGAACUUGUCCACACAGGUAUUUCACACUCACUCCCAUGCAAAUUAACACACACACUCAUAUGCACAUGUAGACCCACGCGCACACACAGGUGUGAAUGCCUUUGUGGUGGCUGAUUUCUUCCAAGCUCAAGCUGGGCAGAUCCCUGCAGGAUCCUUCAACUGAAGGGAAGUGGCUGUUGGAGUGUUUGGAGCUGUCACUGUUUUUUCCCACACUCCCCAUUCUCCAUACGCUCACACUCAGUCAAUCCGCUCCUCCCCAACGGAUGUCCCCAGAGCGAAACCGCACUGAAAAACAGUCACAGAUGGCGCUACACCCUUCCAGUCUCUGUCACGCACUGCUCACCCCACCCUGCAGUCCACCACCCCAGUAGCCUGCCUGUCUGUCUGCCUUAUUCCUGUGGAUCUCUGGGACUGUGUUCAGCAGGAUACGACCUGCAGCAGAACAGGGGCAUCAGGUCAACAGACACCCAGCACCACCUUAGCCCAGACCAGGCUACCACCUUAGCCCAGACCAGGCUACCACCCUAGCCCAGACCAGGCUACCACCCUAGCCCAGACCAGGCUACCACCCUAGCCCAGACCAGGCUACCACCCUAGCCCAGACCAGGCUACCACCCUAGCCCAGACCAGGCUACCACCCUAGCCCAGACCAGGCUACCACCCUAGGCCAGACCAGGCUACCACCCUAGCCCAGACCAGGCCACACCUGACUGGGCCUUUUUACCGUCGCAGCUGCCUCCCUACCUACUCACUCAGCACUACACUGCCUUACUGUACCUAUACAGUACCCCCACAUGACAUACUGUACCUCCACUCUGUCAUCUACCCCUUUUACCUCUGCCAGACUGGGGGUCUGCUUCUGGGUGCUAACGAGCACCACCAUGCCUUCUGGCUCCACACGGGCACCAGUUAGGAACCACUCCGUAGUCAUUUAGGAUUUACUACAGGGACACUGAUCAACAGAGGGUAGAACAGGGAUGGUCCUCGGAGGCCUGAGUUGGUCUCUCACUUGCACCAGCUAACACACCUGACUCCACUAAACAGUUAAUCAUGCAAGAAUUAGAAUGCAAUUUGUUUAAUCCGCUGUGCUUGCUAGGGAUGGGGGGUGACACUACUCUGGCCCCUGAGGACUGGAGUUGCCCAUCCCUGGGGAAGAUGAAGGGCUUGAUUGGUUUGCAAUGACUUUAAGAUCUGUUUUAGUUGAACCACACAAUGUGCUCAUGGUCCUAAUGCAUGUUUGUUCUAUUGAACUGUGGUGGGGUGAUUAUUCCCUGCCGUGAUACUGUACUGAUGUAGACAACAGCACUCCCCAGCAGCAAGCCGGUCGGACAGUUCCGUGUUGGAGCCCAAAUGCUACUCUGUUUAAGCACCAAAGUGCCUUCAUGUUAUUGUGUGCAUGUCUGCGUGCUUGUGGGACAAUAAAGAAUGCAUGUGUAUCUUACCUUGUCAUUCAACCUCAGCCAUUCUGCCUAUUUUUAUAUAAUAUAUAUAUGACAUGCUUGCAGCUAAAAUGGAUGGAAUAUUUUUUUUUAUGAAGAGCUUAGCCUUGAUGGUCUAUUUUUUAUUGUGAAAGCUUUACAGGGGGAUGUGAGAACCUUAGUGAUUGGUUUAGUGCUCACCCAAAGAGUGUGCAUGGCUCUGGGUGAUAUAAUUUGUUUACAUGUGUUGUUUACUAUCCAUACACUUCCCCAGGGGCAAUACUGACUCACCAGCAGAUAGAUGGCCAACUGAACAAUCCUGAACCCCAUAACUGAGUAGAGAUAUCAUGAGUACUCAUGUCCGUUUCAGUUGUGAGUGACUGACAGGACAUGAAAAGUCAUGGCCAUAAUGGGACUGAUGAAGUCCACAUUUCCAUCAAUGACAGAUUAUGCAGUCAAAGAAACUGUAAGAGAGGAGUGUUGAAUAUGACCAAUGUCUUAAGCUCUGUCUACAACCUCUGCCUUAUAUUGAAUAGAAAACUUGUUAAAACUCCAUAAUGCAACACCACUCUUGUAGCGAACCAUUGUUCUAUGAUAUCUGCACUGUGGGCAAAGGACAGCGGGGAAGUAGUCUUUACAAGAAACUGUACAGUGUGGUCAUGAUUUAUGAAAUGUACUGUUAAGUUUCUAGAAGAAAAUGCUUUUAAAUGUUUCUGAUCAUCUGAAAUUCAGGGGACAUGGUAGUGCAUGUAUUUAAUUUUGCCUUUUCCAUUUGUAGAGUUUUGUGCCGUGGGAAGUCUACAUAAUGCAUCUAAUUACCGAAUUAAAUGUCAACAAUG